AGAGACGACUUUGCACAAGCGACAAUUGUGUUAUCAGACAGCGCAGAGCUGUGUUGAGCCAGCAUCAGCAAUGGCAUCACCUGCGUUCGUGUUUCUAAUGAUAAACAUUCUCGUGGCAUUCACAAGUGGACAAGAUGGUCAACCCAGCACUCCUAAUGCUUUUCAGUUCAUUGCAAGCAUACCAGAAUACUUGAUGCUUGGUGACUCUAACAACGAUGGUAUCUUCGAAUGUCAGACCGCUGAACGAACAGAAGUGAACGUCGAGAAAACCGAAGUUACCUACCUGCUUAAAUUCAAGGGCCGGCAUGGCACCAAGGUGAAAGAUGUGUCCUUCCACAUAAGUGCUGGAUCAACGCCCGACACUUUCGUUUACACCCCAGAAGAUGAUCCGAGCUACACUGAAAUAGUCAAGAUCGCAUACACCAACUUCAAGAACUGUGUCGUAGAUCAAGGCAAAUACUACGAUGAACAUUGCAUAAUGUACAUCUCCAAGGAUGUCGCUAAUGAUGUGCCUGCGGAAUGUAAGAAAAACUUCGAAGAAAUCUGCGGAGUCUCAUCUUCCUCUAACUGGGAUGACGUAUGUGGAGAAGACGCGUAGACCACGCGGGCAUCAGGAAAGUGAUAUUAAAAAUAUCCUUAACACCCGUGAAGUGUACACAAGAAAAGUUUAAAAUAAAAACAUUUUCCGGC